AUGGCCAAUAACGCCCAUGGCCCCGUCAUCAUAACACCGGAUGACUUAGCUCAGGCGGUCCGUAGGGCCCCGAACUGGAAAAGUCCGGGACUCGACGGACUGCAUAAUUACUGGCUGAAGGGGUUCGUGAUGUGUCACGCUGUGCUCGCCCGACAGUUUCAAGAGGCUCUCGACCAAAAGUCACUCCCGAGCCUCUUCACUACUGGGAUCACUCAUUUGGUUCCUAAAGACCGGGAUUCCACAGACCCGAGCAAAUACCGCCCCAUAACGUGUCUACCUACCAUAUACAAGACACUAACAUCCAUUUUGAGCGCGAGAAUCACUCGUCACCUGAACUCAAAUCAGGUGAUGAAUGAAAAUGGAUGUCAGGGCGGUGGUCGCGGAACCAAGGAACCAGUCCUAAUUGACGCGGUCAUUAGCAAGGUGGUUAAACGCAACCGUCGGAAACUCUCCGCCGCCUGGAUAGACUACAAAAAGGCGUUCGACUCGGUGCCUCAUACAUGGCUUAAGAGGGUCCUCGAGCUGUACAAGGUUGACUGUACAGUUCGAGACUUCCUCGGGCAAUGUAUAGGGCAGUGGAGUACGAUCCUUUGUCAUCUAGGCGAGCGGGUGAUGGCUGCGGAGAACCACAUGAGGAUAUGA